UGUAUAGUAACGUCGAAUGCGGGGCUUUCAAGCGACACCUCACCCUCACGUUACAGCAAUGUGACAAUUAGUUUACUUGUGAAUCAUAGUUAUCUGUUACCACACCACGUAAAUAAAUUGCAAGUAAUUGUAAUUAUUAGUCACUGGCCUGCUGUGACUCACGGCACCUCACAACGAAUCUAGCUCUCGCUGUAGAUUUAUUUAUCCUUUGCUCAAUACUAAUCCUAACUUAGUAACUAGCGAUGAUGCUCUUAUUCACUCGUACGUAUUAUUAACCACAGACCACAAUAAUACAGUCUAGUUGAUUUAGGACUUCCUUUAGUGAAUCAUCUGUAGCUGAACUACACGUACACAACAGUGACACAGAUCACAAGAUUGAAACUCAAACUUUUUAAUCAAGAAAGAUAGCAUUACAUACAGUCAUUUGUUUGAAGUUACUAAAUAAAUUAAACAAAGUACCAAUUGAGCAGCCACUUUGCACUUGAAAUUUGUCAACAAUGUCUCAAGAAAUUGUGAUCAACUCUUGCAAACCCAAACAUUCCUCAAUCGAAUGCCCUUACUGCCAUGCAAAAUUGGAGUUUGUGACUCCUGCUGGUGCUGAUGAAACGUUAAAAAUUAAGAUAAAGUGCUGGAAUACGGUUUGUGAGAAGCUAGUUCCGUUUAAAUCGUCUGGAGUCAAUGGAACAUCUAAAAAUCACUUUACGUCUGGGACUGCCAGCACUAGUUCAACGCCGAGGAAGCCAUUUAAAAUGGGGACCGAUGAUGAACCAGUUUCCCUCGAGUAUUACGAGCUUCUCGGAGUGCCUCCAAAAGCAACGACAGCGGAAAUUAAGAAAGCGUACUACCGUUUAGCGAUGCAAUUUCAUCCGGAUAAGAAUCAUGACCCUGGAGCAGAAGAAAUGUUUAAGAAAGUAAAUGACGUGUAUCAAGUACUAUCAGAUCCAGUACUGCGCAAGAAAUAUAAUGAGUUUGGCCCUGGGAAAGGAUCAGAUCCAGAAGAUGGUUUCAUCAACCCAGAGGACUUUUUUAAGAUGCAAUUUGGUGGUGAUGCCUUUGUCGACAUAAUUGGGGAAUUAGCGAUAGCAAAAGAAUUCAAAAACAUGAUGAUGAAAAAUAUGGACGACGAAGCUGCGGCGGCUGCAGCGGCUAGUGAAAACGGAGGUACCCCUGAUGGAGCAACAUCACCUGAAAAGAAAUCUGUUGCUGGGAAGACUUGGGAGGAACGUCGGGAAGAAUUGGAAGAGAAACGUCACGCACGAGACGAAAGAGUAUUGCACUUAUCAGAAAGUCUUAUUCGGAAACUUACCGUGUACAUCGACUCUGGUCCAGAAAAGUUUAAAGAGAUGAUAAAUUUAGAGACCGAAGAACUCAAGGUGCAAAACUAUGGUGUGCAAUUGCUUCAUGCAAUUGGCUAUGUUUAUACUGUCAAAGCCAGCGAAUAUUUGGCAAAAUAUAACGAAGACAUUUUGGGAAUGCCGUCAUUUGUCCACAGAAUGAGACUCAAAGGAAGGGCUUUUUCAGAUACGUUUAGCACAGUCAAAUCGGCGGUGGAUGUCCAUCACACAUUUGUUCAACUGCAACAAGCCGAACAAACCGGCGCUAGUGAAGCGGAAAAAGAGAAGCUGCAGGAAGAAGCUGUCAAGAAAGGUACCGACGCUAUUUGGAAAGGAAGCAAAUUAGAAAUCGAAAGCGUGAUUAAAUCAGUUUGUGACAAAACCCUGGCGGACAUUACAUUAGAGAAAUCAAUUUUACGAAAAAGAUCCGAAGCUUUGAGAAUAAUAGGGGAUACGUACCAGAAUGUUAAACCAUUCUAAUUAAUAAUUGCCUUAUUUAGUGUCAAUUGGAAAUACCUCAAUCAAUCAUAUUAUCUAUAUAUUACAUGUAUAUGAGUUAGCUCAUCUAUUUUUAUUAUAGUUUUUUGUAUUUUGAGAAAUACUAGAUUAUAUUGAAAAUAUUAGAAGACCAGAUUUUCCCAAAAUUGCGUAGUCUUCUCUAGUCGAUGUCCAAAGUCGUUAAAUUAGUAUUCGGGAAACCUAGGUUCACCACUCUUCGAUUGAGUGUCCCAUAAUCGUUAAGUGUUAAAUAAUGAAUCAGAAGAAGAAUUGAUCUCACUUGUGCGAUAAAUACAAUUAUUAAUUAUGUUAAUUUUAUUCUGAAAUUUGAUAGAUCUGUUAGAAAAUUAUUAGUUAUUAAUAUUUCCGAUAGACUCGUUAAAUAUCGGGUAUUAUUAUUCAUUAUUCAUAUAUACAUAUAUAUCUUCACUGGUGCUUUUCAAAAUAGAUUAACUAAAUUCCAGAGAUUAACACAUUGUAUGGAUUAUGCAUAGACACCACAUCUCGAUGUUACUCUAUCUGCAUUACCACUCUCAAUAAAACAGUAAUUACCGCACUCA